AUGACAGUCUACACAGCAUCAACCACAGCUCCAGUCAACAUUGCGGUGAGUACAUUGAAAUAUUGGGGGAAAAGAGAUAAACAAUUGAAUUUACCAACCAAUUCAUCCAUUUCUGUGACCUUAGCUCAAGAUGAUCUGAGAACUUUAACAUCUGUUGCCACUUCAUCCGAAUUCCCAGAAGAUAAAUUAUGGUUAAAUGGUAAAGAAGAAUCAUUAGCUUCAGAAAGAACACAAAAUUGUUUAAAAGAUUUAAGAAAUUUACGUCAAGAAUUAGAAUCAAAAGAUGAUUCAUUACCAAAAAUUUCAAAUUGGAAAUUACAUAUUGUUUCUGAAAAUAAUUUCCCAACUGCUGCUGGGUUAGCAUCAUCAGCUGCUGGGUUUGCCGCUUUAGUUGUUGCAAUUGCAAAAUUAUAUAAAUUACCACAGCCAACUUCAGAAAUUUCUAAAAUUGCAAGAAAAGGUUCAGGUUCUGCUUGUAGAUCUGUCUUUGGUGGUUAUGUUGCAUGGGAAAUGGGUGAAAAAGAAGAUGGUUCAGAUUCAAAAGCUGUUGAAGUUGCUCCAUUAUCUCAUUGGUCAAAUUUAAAAGCUGCUAUUUUAGUUGUUAGUGCUGAUAAAAAAGAUACUCCAUCAACAAGUGGUAUGCAAACCACGGUGCAAACUUCAGAUUUAUUCCAAUGGAGAAUUAAAGAAGUUGUUCCAAAAAGAUUUGAAGAAAUGAAAAAAUCUAUAUUAGAUAAAGAUUUUACAAAAUUUGCAGAUUUAACAAUGAAAGAUUCAAAUUCUUUCCAUGCAACUUGUUUAGAUUCUUAUCCACCAAUUUUUUAUUUAAAUGAUACCUCUAAAAAAAUCAUUAAAUUAGUUCAUUCAAUUAAUGAAUUUUAUGGUAAAACUGUUGCAGCUUAUACAUUUGAUGCAGGUCCAAAUGCAGUUAUUUAUUAUGAAGAUCAAAAUGAAUCAAAAAUUUUCAGUUUCUUAUAUAAAUUAUUCUCAAAAGUUGAAGGUUGGGAAUCAAAAUAUUCUCAAGAAACUCUUGGUGCUUUUGAACAACAAUUUGACUCAAUAAAAGAAAAAAUUCAAUUCCAAUUAGAUGAUGAAUUAUAUAAAGGUGUUAAUAGAAUCAUCUUAACAAAAGUUGGUGAUGGUCCUCAAGAUACUAAAGAAUCUUUAGUUAAUGCUGAAGGUUAUCCAAAAGCUUAA